CCUUGGAAGACCGCGAACACCUUCAGAGCUGCUCGAGGGUCGCAUAGCAGCCAGAACACACAGAGCACAAACGCAUCGACGCGGCUCUCUACUGUCAAAUCUACGUCGUCUUCACGUGAAGCUGGCUAGCUCGACGCUUGUGACUGCAUGCACGGGCGACGCUGCCGCGCUACUGCUAGACACCUCCAAGUUCCCUCUGCCAAGCUCGAUUCAACACCCUGGGGCGGGUGACAACAUCACCAAGCUCAUCAACCCAUCGCACCGGCCCAACCUGUCUCCCGUCGCCAGCUGCACGCAUUCUUCACUGCGCCACGGCAUUGUUGGCUGAACCUGCAGAGCCGAUAGUAACUUCGAUCGGCCGGACUGCGACCGUCUGCGCCUCCAGCCAUGGGCGUCUCCGACCUCUGCUACCGUUUCUUCUGCUGCGGCGGCCGCUCAAGAGACAGCAUAUAUGACCCAGUGUUGGCAGACAGCGAGCGGGAAGCUGUUGCCGACCUGCUGGGCUUCCUCGAGAACCGAGCCGAGACCGACUUCUUUUCUGGCGAACCCCUCCGCGCGCUGAGUACGCUUGUAUACUCGGACAACAUCGAUCUACAACGGUCCGCAAGCUUGACCUUUGCCGAGAUAACGGAGCGAGAUGUCAGAGAGGUUGACCGAGACACCCUGGAGCCUAUUCUGUUCCUGCUCCAGAACCCCGACAUCGAAGUGCAGCGUGCAGCGAGUGCCGCCCUGGGCAAUCUGGCGGUAAACACCGAGAACAAGGUAGCCAUUGUCGCACUUGGAGGUCUUGCGCCAUUGAUCAAGCAGAUGAACUCGCCCAACGUCGAGGUGCAAUGUAACGCCGUCGGGUGCAUCACCAACUUGGCUACACACGAAGACAACAAAGCGAAGAUCGCACGCUCCGGCGCACUGCAGCCUCUCACAAGACUAGCAAAGUCCAAGGAUAUGCGCGUGCAGAGAAAUGCCACUGGCGCGCUGCUGAACAUGACGCAUUCAGACGACAACCGACAACAGCUCGUAAACGCUGGCGCUAUUCCCGUCCUCGUUCAGCUGCUAUCCUCAUCCGAUGUCGAUGUCCAGUACUACUGCACCACGGCCCUCAGCAAUAUUGCGGUCGAUGCAAGCAACCGCGCCAAGCUGGCACAGACUGAGGGCAGGCUGGUUGGCUCCUUGGUACACCUCAUGGAGUCGUCUUCGCCCAAGGUGCAGUGCCAGGCUGCACUCGCUCUUCGUAACCUAGCAUCGGACGAGCGCUACCAGCUCGAAAUUGUACGCGCUCGUGGUCUACCCUCCCUCCUCCGCCUGUUGCAAUCGUCCUACCUACCGCUUAUUCUAUCCGCCGUCGCAUGCAUACGAAACAUCUCUAUCCACCCUGCCAACGAAUCGCCUAUCAUCGAAGCUGGCUUCCUCAAGCCCCUGGUAGAUCUGCUCGGCUCCACCGACAACGACGAGAUCCAAUGCCACGCAAUCUCCACCCUGCGCAACCUCGCGGCAAGCUCAGACAAGAAUAAGCAAUUGGUUUUGGAGGCGGGUGCUGUGCAGAAAUGCAAGUCGCUCGUGCUCAACGUGCGACUCCCGGUGCAGUCUGAGAUGACGGCAGCAAUUGCCGUUCUUGCCCUUAGUGAGGAGCUCAAGCCUCAUCUGCUCAACCUGGGCGUCUUCGAUGUACUCAUUCCACUCACCGAGUCGGAGAGCAUCGAGGUCCAAGGCAACAGCGCGGCCGCUCUGGGAAACUUGUCUUCCAAGGUUGGUGAUUACUCGAUAUUCAUUCAGAACUGGACGGAACCCGCAGGCGGAAUCCACGGUUACCUCCGUCGCUUCUUGGCGAGCGGAGACCCAACCUUCCAGCACAUCGCUAUUUGGACGCUGCUACAGCUACUCGAAUCGGAAGACCAACAGCUAAUGGAGCACAUUGGCAAAUCGAACGAAAUCAUCGACAUGGUGACCGAGAUCGCCGAGCGCAAUAUCGAAUCGGACGACGAGGACAACGAAGACGGCGAAGGCGAAGUCGUCACCCUCGCACGCAGAUGUCUUGAGCUGCUUGGCAAGAGCCCCAAAACUCUCGUCGAAGGAUAGAGAAGAGUUGGAUCGCAUCUUAUACCCUGUUUAUCGGUUGUUCAUCGCGUUGGCACUCUUGCUCGUAUCCGCCAUAUUCCGGUUCUCUGCUAAUGCGUUCAUGUUAUACACUGCUUUUGGGCAUCUUGGAGGCUGGCGUUCAGGGAGCACAAUCAUCCUCAGUAUCUCUAGCGAGCAUUGGCGGAGCGGGCUUUACAUACAUUGGCAUGCACAUAACUUACCACUACUCUUACCUGAGCAUUCGACGCGGACAAAUUUGUAAUUGAUAGAGUUGGAUCGAGGCUUCGGUCAUCAGGAAAUGAAUUAGAUGAUGUCCCAAGACUCGUUGGCCUUUUAGUGAUGGAGUGCUUCUUAACGAUGAUUGUGUAGC